UCCACUCGUCCAAGAUGGCGGCUAAAGAUGUCCGAAAACAACAUCCUUCAUAUCCGAUUUUUCAAAGCUCCAGCUGUUGAAUUAUUUUGAAACAGGUGAAUAAGCUCUUUUAUUUGAUGGUUGAAAUAAAGUGCAAAGGUUUCGUGCCUUUCUUUCUGAGGUCCAUCCCUGACAAGUAUAGGCGAGUUCGAUGUUUUUAGCUACUAAGCUUUAAUAAUAGUGAAUGGGUAUCGCGUCGACUGGAAAAUAAAUAUGGAGGACCAGCUUUUUCUUGAGUCAGAGUUUAGUCCUUCCAUAAAGCGGACAUGGAGUUGGAGACAUCGAGAAGGAGUCGACACAGGAGAAAACACAGAUCUUGAACUGGAAUUGUUGUCACUGCAAGCUGAACAGAAAGAUGAUUGGACAGGCUUGUCAUCUCAAGAUGGCUACAAACGAUUGUUUGAGGUCAUAAGGGAAGAACUUGAUACYUUCAGCCAUGCUAGUACAUCRGGKUGGACAAAAGACCUCUGGACAACACUUCAAUGUAGACACCAUUCAUCAGUUAGUUGGAUUACUAUUCUCUUCUUCUUGUUUGAAAURUUUGCUUUGUUUUUUACAUAUGGAAGCUUGUCAUCUCAAAGGUCAAGUCAUUUCUUGAUAGAAGGAUUUAUGGUUCUUUUAAUAUCGUUAUUCAAUGUGGUUCUAUGUGUAAGAGAAGAAAACUUAAGGCGUACUGAAAUCUACAGAAGUACAAAGAAAUUGUUGGACAGUUGUACAGAUUUCUGUGGGUGGAAUCCUCCUGACUAUGUUGACCCAUGUACUCCAUCAUCACCAUCUAUAUCAUUAGUGAAUACAUACCGUGAUGGUGAAUUGAUCAGUUUACCUUGUAAUCUACUGGUUCAUGGCGAUGUCAUUAUACUUGGACCMAGUAUAUCAACUCCAGCAAAUGUACAGAUAUUGACUACAACUCCUGAAGGUGUGCUUAGGGAAGGGUCUCUUUUCCUACAGAAAGGACAAAUGUAUCUACCCGAUGAACCAUCAAAAGUUAUAUCUUCCAGUAAUCYUGAAGAACAAUCACAAACAACUCUUCCUUGUGAAACGCAUCCAAGAAAGCUUUUUGUUGUCAAAGAAGCACCAUUUAAAUCUACUAUCAGUGGUCUGCUAAAAAGUUCUCCCAAUAAACCAAUCAGUUUGCUUGAAAAUGAGAAGCAUUUUAUUGCCAAUACAGUCAUUGAGAAGAAACUAUUGUGGGCUGUUGUUGGUUUGUCACUCAUUGUUAAUUUAACCAGGCUAUUAGUACUACCAAAAAAGAGUGGGCACUGGACUGAAAUGAUAUUUCUACUUCAGGCAUAUGUAAUUCUACCAAUUCUUCCUCUUUCCUUUCCUCUACUUUGGAUAUCUGUUAACCUUUAUGGAGCUUCAAGAAUUAACAUAUUGUUUGAGAAACUUAAGGAAGGYUCAAUUGCUAAUGUCAAGGUUGAAAAAGACUUUCCUGUCAAAGAUGUUUUACCUCAGUUGUGGGACAAUUUUCUUGGAGACUGCUGUCAUUUGCCUCGCACGGCUAAUCUUUUAAAGGUGUUGGGCAAUAUUACUGUUUGGUGUUGCAUUGACAGAGAUGGUAUAUUAUCACUCCCUAAUCCAUCUGUAGAAAAAGUGUUUUUCCUCCAAAGUAAGAAAUCUAUGAGACAACUUCACAAUAACAAGUUUAGGGACAGAAAGAUCAGUUCMUGUACAUGGGAGAGUGAUAUCAGUAGACAGACAAGUCAUGAGGACAGUAACAUGGAUGAUCCUUCGUCUUCUUCUUCAUCUGAUGAUGAUGAUGACUUGAUAUCAGAAGAUGGAACUCAUCUAAAAGGUAGAGCUGCAGUUCUUAAUGUCAGUAAUGACCCAGAGAGUCAAUUUGGAUUGAGAUUUGAUGACAAAAGAUGGCAGGAACACCUCAAUUCAUUGAAGCCCCUUGGUCUUAAUAUACUUCUUAAUUCACCAUGCUCUUGUCCUGUACGAACCAUGCGCUUUUCAGAUCAAACUGCAUUUCUCUCACUCACUCGUAACUCAAUGCCAGUACAAACACCUCAGAGAUGCCUCUGUUUACUUGGCAAAGAGAUUGGAUUCACAGAGAGUGCRCUGGGCUUGUUUAAUAAACAACAACACAUCUUUGUUGUGCACCCACUUCAGUUUCCAAUUGCUAAUUGUCCAGUACUACAGUCAUCAUCUUAUCUUGCUGUCUGUAAAGAACGGCCUGUACCAUGCAUGGCAUGUCUUGUUAUCAAAGAAUAUACAGGUUCACAUCAGUUGCUUACUCAAGGCUCACCUGAUCUUGUACUUGAUGCUUGCACUGAUUUUUGGGAUGGCUCAUCACUCAAUGUUAUUUCAUCUCAUGACAAGAAGAAAGUACUAGAUUUUUAUCAAAGAAACAGCAUUUCAUCUCAGUGUGUUGCUUUUUCUUACCGUCCAUGCAUUGAGGUUCCUUCCAGUCAAAAUGAUGUAUUUAUCAAGCUGCCAUUGGUCUAUGAGUGGAGCUCAAGUGAAAGUAUAGAUGAMAGUAUUUCAGAAAUGUCAGAAGAAAUAAAGGACAAUGAUGACAGUGCAGUUGCAGCAAAUUCUGUAGAUGACAUAAAKAUAGGGCAAUUAAUUGAGCAAGUUGAAUCUGUGAAUGAUGCUGCAACUUAUCACAAGUUAAUAGGAAAUCAAGUGUUUAUUGGUAUGGUCACUUUGCAGUACCAAGCCAAAAAGGAUAUCAUUCCACUGGUUGAGGAUUUGAAUACUGCAGGAGUCAGAUUUGUACAUUUUUCUUCUGAAGAUGAAUUAAAGAGUAGAGUUUUUGCYGAGCGCAUGGGACUGGAAACUGGAUGGAACUGUCAUAUYUCUCUAGCUGARACACAUUCACCACAUCAAAGAGCCAAGACAGACUCRAGUAGUUAUCCACCAGGUGAUGAUAGCCUGCAUGAUGUUGUGCAUGAUGGACCACAAAAGCAUGUUAGCUGGAUUGACCUAAAGAUACAGGAAUCCAUUGAACAAGUGAAUAAAACUGAUCCAAGUGAACAAGAUGAUCACCACAACAAAACGGAAACAUCAACACUUCUUGGGGAUGAACAACAGCAAGAAGCUAGUGAAGACUACUGGUUCUUUUAUAAUAGAGCCAAAYUACCAAGAGGUGUACAUAAUAUCAGACCGCAUCUUGAAAACGUUGAUAAUGUUCCUCUAUUAGUACCCUUGUUUACAGACUGCAGUCCUUCAGCCGUGCAAGAGAUGAUAACUAUCAUGCAGGAACAUGGUGAAGUAGUUUGCUGUGUUGGAAGCUCUUUCAAUGUGAAUAACACAAGUAUUUUUACACAAGCAGACAUGAGUGUUGCCAUCGAACCAAUGUUUCCCCAACUUUGCCUGAAAGGACUUCCAAAGGAUUUCCGAUCAGGUACACCACAACUGCAAACAGGAAACAAGAAUGCUAAUAAGGUGGCUUUUGAAUUGUCUUCUGUGCARCAGGACUCUUCUUCUUCUGAUAUGGAUAAUGAAUUAUCACCUUUGGAACUGAGUGCUUUGUUGAACUCACUGCCAUGUUCACUGUCCUUCCACCGAGACACUGACUUCAAGUUCAAAMGUCUGCUCAAAGAGGCUCGGCGCCUCAGUUUUGGUCUCAGAAAGUGUUUCACCUUCAUCUUGACAUGUCAACUCAUGCUUACUAUCUUGAUGUUCUUGUGUCAAUGUUUACUCCUACCCCCUCCCCUAACAGGAUUGCAUUUGCUUUGGUUAUCCUGCAUYACUGUACCCCUCCUUAGUACAUCUUUAAUUGGAUCCAAAUGUUCCAAAGGACUAAUGUCUAUGAUGACUGGAAAAAAUGACCGGACAUUUAAGGAGAUUGCCUAUCCAUUUUGUAUGUACUUCUCUCUUGGCUUCCUGCCCACUUGCAUCUUUAUCUGUGUUGUACUCUUUCCUCUCACUUUGUAUGGUUUUUGUACAAAAAGCAGCAAGUCUUGCCACUACUUAUUUGGAGACAGGAACAGUAGCAAUCCUUGGAAUGGGUAUGGUGGAAGUAAUGUUCAAGCACUAGCUCUAGCACAAGAUAUCAAUGCAUUUUCCCUGGUUUUAUUCUUUACUUUGGUAUCUACAAGCUUUGUUCAUCAUCUCAAAUCAUUGUGGAAAAGGUCUCCAUUUACCAAUAUUCAUUGGUUGUACUGUAUUAUUGUAUGCAUUUUCCUACAGCUUCUCUAUUUUAUUAUAUCACAGUCGAUCUGGAUUUCUAGCUAUGGUGCAUAUUACACCAUCAAAGAUGUUUCCUCUUAUCUUAUUGUCCUUGUCUUUGUUUGGCCUGUCAGUGCAUUAUUGUUUACAGAACUUGUACUAAAACGACGUUAUAUCAAAUUAUACAUACGAUUCCAAAAAAGAGCGAAAUUAAAGUUUGGAACCAAGUUAGGAAUGAACUCACCAUUCUGAAAAUCAUCAUAGAACAUCAUUUUAGUAUUAUGUGAAUUCUUUUAAACCUUGUUUACUCACUAACAUGAUACUAUUAUGUCAAAUCAAAGUUAUUUGCCUGCUUCAAAAUCGUGUACAAUUGAAAACUAUUGUAAUACAAUUAUGUACAAAGUUUACAUUGAUAAUUUUACUCUAUAAUACAAAAUACUGAUGAAAGCUGUUCACUCUGUUAUAUAUAAUAAAUAAUAUUCUCCUAGUGCA